AUGUCAGGUAUUUUCAUUUCUAGUUGUCGUCUUACUCCGUAUCCGAUGAAGAGCAGUGCUGCAGCUGCUGCAAGUUUAUUCGCAGACGAUGAUGACGACGAUGCCGAAUUCUCCCAUGAAAAUGAUGAACGAGAUGAACAAGAACAGUGUGUAAUAACAAAGGAUUUCCUUGUUGGCUUGUCACUAACAAACAGUAAAGACCAUUCUAAAAGAGAGCGAUAUCGCGAUUAUGUCAAGUCAAUGUUGGUACUCGGUGAAGGUGAGGCCGUCAUUGAUCUCGGUGUUUCAGUUGAGGAUACUACAGAGCGAGGUUUGUCAAGAGAUGAUUUAGAAUUGUCAGAAAAGAAGCACAUAGCGCUUUUGGAAGGGGCUGGAGUAGUAUCAACACGUUUAGUAACCAAACAACAAGGCGGCCUUUACACAUGUGCCCAUCUUGUUCGGAAGGAAGUAGAUCCUGAUGAUUUUAUUGAGGUGCGUGUGGCUGUUGUAGGUAAUGUGGACGCAGGGAAAUCAACAUUAUUGGGCGUAUUAACAUACAGCAUUUUGGACGACGGUCGUGGACAAGCUCGACAGAAGUUGUUCCGACACAAACAUGAAUUUGAGUCAGGUCGAACUUCUUCCGUAGGAAACGACAUCCUAGGUUUCGAUAUUAGCGGUAAUGUUGUCAAUAAACCCGACUCGCAUAGUGGACAUCUUGAUUGGAUUACUAUUUGUCAUGAUUCCGCUAAGGUGAUCACUUUCAUUGAUCUGGCAGGGCACGAAAAAUAUUUGAAAACAACAAUCUUUGGAAUGACUGGGCAUGUUCCGGAUUACACGAUGUUGAUGAUUGGUGCGAAUGCUGGCAUUAUUGGAAUGACAAAGGAGCACCUAUCGCUUGCUUUGUGCCUCAGUGUACCGGUAUUUAUCGUCGUUACGAAGAUCGAUAUGUGUCCUGAGGGGGUUCUGGCUGAAACGAUGAAGAAUUUGGACAAACUGAUGAAAAGUCCCGGAGCGCGGAAAUUGCCGGUUGUUAUAAAGACGUUAGAAGAUGUUGUUCAUGCUGCUAGUCAUUUUAGCAGUGGGAAGGUUUGUCCCAUCUUUCAAGUAUCAAACGUCACUGGCACUAAUUUGGACUUACUUUCUGCCUUUUUCAAUCUCAUCCCACUUCGACGGAAGUUUUCUUCGGAUAGUCCAGCCGAAUUCCAAAUAGAUGAUGUAUAUUGGGUAGAUGGCGUAGGUACUGUAGUCUCAGGCACAUGCAUAGCUGGUAUGAUUUCACUUAACGAUACAAUGUUAAUUGGGCCAGAUCCUCAUGGGGAAUUUAUCCCAAUUCCAAUAAAGUCCAUUCAUCGAAAACGAAUGCCGGUAUCGAAAAUACGAUGCGGUCAAACUGCAUCAUUUUCUAUUAGAAAAUUGAAUAAAAAGGAAGUACGAAAAGGGAUGGUAUUACUUUCUCCAAAAAUGGUCGCCUUUUCCUCAGUGCAGUUUGAUGCUGAAAUACUCAUCCUUCAUCAUCCGACUACAAUUGCCGAAAAUUAUCAAGCAAUGGUGCAUAUUGGCUCGAUUCGCCAAACGGCAACCAUAGUACAUAUGACAAAAACAGUAUUACGAACUGGAGACCGUGAUAUGGUAACGUUUAAAUUCAUCAAAAAUCCUGAGUAUCUAUCUGUUGGGAGUCGUAUGGUAUUUCGUGAAGGUCGGACAAAAGCUGUUGGAACAGUCGCUAAAGUUUAUCCAUAUACUCCUGCGUUUCCGAAACAGAUUCGACCGAAACACAUGAAAUACAAAGAGGGUUGGCACAAUAAAAAAAUGUUUAACAGCAUUGGAACAAAUAAAGAUAAAAAAGUGAACACAAAUUGAUGUGUUAAUAUGUGAGGUGGAAAGCGGCUUUAUGCAACUAUAUUUGUAAAAUGCAAAGGCAGCGAAACGUUACUGUGAAUAGAUGUUUAAUGUUUCACGUUCUUGUUGGCUUGUUAAAUAUGAUAUUUUUUUAAUGUCUUUAGAGUUCUUGACAUACUGGUAAUCCUUUCAAACACUCAAAAUCUGUGCUUUUAAUUUUAGUGUAAGGCACGCUUUGAAAGAGAAUACGCCAUUUUGCGAUAAUUAUUCCUUAUUAUUAGUGAUUUUAUCGUUAAAAUAUUUUGUUUAGCUAAUCUUGCUCUACUUGUUCGUCAUUUUGAAUUACCAAAAAGAAAUGAGUUAUAACGGAAUUUUUAUAAUGCUGAUAUUGUUAGUGGAUAUGAAUGACAAUAAUGUGAAUCUAUCUGUACUAAAAAAAUAAAGUUCUGGCCAUAAAAUUAAAGGUUAUCCUGUGUUCUUC